GCCGCCGCCGCCGCCGCAGCCGCCGCGGCGGAGCGCUCGGCCGUUCGUCGUCGACGUUGCUGGUGGAACGACGCGCCUCGACGCCCUCGAUAAGCCGCCGUCGGGACGUCCGCGAGCUCGAUAUCGCGAUAUGUGCGAGCGCCGAUGAAGGGCCCGGUCGCUGAUAAGGUUUUUGGUUUUCUUUUCAUCAUCCGACUAGCAGGAAUAUCAUGCUUGAAGGAGGUCCUGCUGGAUAUCCAGCCGAACGUCGUCGAAUACGGCGGAUCCACCACCUUAACAUGCGCUUAUAAUCUACAAGGGGAACCUUUGUACACUGUUAAAUACUACCGUGGUACUCACGAGUUCUACCGGUACACUCCCAAGGAGCAUCCCAGCACCAAGAAGUUCCCAUUUUCAGGAGCCCAAGUCGAUGUGGAGGCUUCCAACGAGCACCAUGUGAUGCUGCGAGACGUCCGCUUCAGUCUAUCGGGUAAAUUCAGCUGCGAAGUGACCACCGACGGGCCCCAUUUCUCCACUCGCACCGAUUCCAAGGAAUUGUUAGUCGUGGCGUUACCAGCCGAUUCGCCCACUCUCGGUACCGAUAAAAGCUUCUACGAUGUAGGGGAUGUUUUGAGGGCGAGUUGCGCCUCGUCGGCUUCCAGACCGGCCGCUAAACUCACCUUUUUUUUAAAUAAUAUCGAGGUGUGCCAAACGUGCCGCAGGAAUCGAACGGCCGCAGGGGAAUUAUACGCCAGCACCGUGCUCAUGGCCCUGCCGCUCUUCGACUCCCAUUUCCACAAUGGCCGGCUGACGCUCGAAUGCGUCGCGACGAUCGGGGAUUUCUAUCGUCGCGACGCCGAACUCACAUUCGACAAUCCCAAGGAUCCCGUACCGGAGAAAGUUACUUUGUUCAGCCAUGCGGCGAAUUUCAGGAGGGAAAACUUCGCCGUUGCUUCGGUGUGGCUGGCGCUGGUUCAUCUGAAAUUAUAAAGUAUAAAAACGCGAUUAUACUUACCUAAAUGUACGUAAUUAAGUAAGUUUCGUUUUCGUGUAAUUAAAUAGGGUGGAAUUAACUAAAUUGUGAUCAUGGAAAAACUCACUUGAAUUAAAGGCCGAAUCGCCGGUUUUUUUUAUUGUAUAAUUUAAGUAGAUUUAAAUUGGAUAAGCAUAACUAAUCAAAAUAAAAUGAUUUUAG